AUGAGCCGCCCAUCGGCAAAGCUAUGCGCAGAGUGCUUCCCGAGCGCGCUUCGGGCGCCUCGGGGCCUUCGGCCAACAACGUUGCGGGGCACGACUCAUAGAUCCUAUGCUACGGAGCGGAGAGCAGUCGAUACUCUGCGGCGACCAACUCGGUCUCCGCUGGUAUGUGUGUCUUCGAAGCGGAUCCCUCAGCUGGCUGUGCGAUCUCCGCAGAAUGAGCGGGGACUGGCGACUGUUUCGGACAGCGAGAAAACCCCCGUCGCCGCUCCGCAGGAUGGGCCUAUGAGGGAAUAUGACUUGCGUGUGCAGUCUGGGCGGUUGAGAGAUGAUGAACACCAAAGGGGUAUCAUCCAGAGUCUACAGGACCUCUUCGAAGCGUUGAAAGAUUACACCCCGCCUAAAGUCGUUCACCCCUCGCCCGAAACUCUAGAUCUCAACCAACAAAAGACGUCCUUCUUCGGGUCUUUGUUCGGCGGCGCGAAGAAGCCUGCCACAUCUGUUGUUCCGGAUAACAUGCCCAAGGGACUAUAUAUGUAUGGCGAUGUGGGGUGCGGAAAGACCAUGUUGAUGGAUUUGUUCUUUGAUACACUGCCGCCGAAUAUUACACACAAGACGCGCAUUCACUUCCACAACUUUAUGCAGGACGUACAUAAGCGCAUGCACGUGGUGAAGAUGAAGUAUGGAAACGAUUUCGAUGCGCUUCCGAUGGUUGCGGCGGAUAUCGCCGAGCUCUCGGGCGUGCUUUGCUUUGAUGAGUUCCAGUGUACAGAUGUAGCCGAUGCGAUGAUUCUGCGACGACUGCUCGAGAUUCUCAUGUCCCACGGCGUCGUUCUUGUCACCACCUCUAACCGUCACCCCGACGAUCUGUACAAAAACGGCAUUCAGCGCCAAUCUUUCAUCCCAUGCAUCAACCUCCUCAAGACCGAUUUGAGCGUUAUCAACCUUAAUUCCCCAACUGACUAUCGCAAAAUUCCCCGACCCCCAGCUGCUGUCUAUCACCACCCGCUGGGUGAAGAGGCACAACGCCACGCGGAGAAAUGGUUCGAGUACCUGGGCGAUCCUAUCAAUGAUCCCCCUCACACAGCCACCCAGGUCGUCUGGGGCCGCGAAAUCAAUGUCCCCAGGGCCAGCGGCACGGCUGCAUAUUUCUCCUUCAACCAGCUUAUCGGCGCGGCCACAGGUGCCGCCGACUACCUCGAACUCGUCCGGCAUUACGACGCGUUCAUUGUCACGGAUGUGCCGAGCAUGAACCACACCCAGCGUGACCUGGCUAGACGAUUCAUUACCUUUAUCGAUGCUGUGUAUGAAGGCAGAGCCAAACUUGUCCUCACAACCGCAGUCCCUCUCACAAACCUAUUCAUCUCCGAAUCCGAUAUCAAGAGCACCCUCAAAGCUGGCGACCACUCCGAUCUCUCCGAUGCCAUGCGCAACCUCAUGGAUGACCUCGGCAUGUCCGUGCAAGCACUGAAGAACACUUCCAUCUUCAGCGGUGAUGAGGAGCGCUUCGCUUUCGCCCGUGCUCUUUCCCGUCUAUCCGAGAUGGGCAGCAAGGAGUGGGUCGAGCGCGGGUUGGGACAUGGAACCGAUGUUGCCCAGAACAAGGCGGAGCGCGAGGCUUGGCAAAAGACCAGGAGUCAAUGGAGUGAAGAUAAACUGUAG